UUCCCCUUCCACUGGUGCUCUUACUAGGAUAUUCAUUGCUACCUAUGAGGUUGGAGCCCAGGGUCAGUCCAUGUAUAGUCUUUGGGUAGUGGCUUAGUCCCUGGAAGCUCUGGUUGGCUGGCAUUGUUGUUCAUAUGGGGUCUCGAGCCCCUUCAAGCUCUUUCAGUCCUUUCUCUGAUUCCUUCAAUGGGAGUCCCCUUCUCAGUUCAGUGGUUUGCUGCUGGCAUUUGCCUAUGUAUUUGCCAUAUUCUGGUUGUGUUUCUCAGGAGAGAUCUACAUCUGGUUCCUGUCAGCCUGCACUUCUUUGCUUCAUCCAUCUUAUCUAGUUUGGUGGCUGUAUAUGUAUGGGCCACAUGUAGAGCAGGCUCUGAAUGGGUGUUCCUUCAAUCUCUGUUCUAAACUUUGCCUCACUGUCCCCUCCUAAGGUUAUUCUUAUUCCUCUUUUAAAGAGGAAGUGAAGCAUCCACAUUUUGGUCAUCCUUGAAUUUCAUAUGUUCUGUGCAUCUAGGGUAAUUCAAGCAUUUGGGCUAAUACCCACUUAUCACUGAGUGCAUACCAUGUGUGUUUUUCUGUGAUUGGGUUACUUCGCUCAGGAUAUUUUCCAGUUCCAUCCAUUUGCUUAUGAAUUUCAUAAAAUCAAUGUUUUUGAUAGCUGAGUAGUAUUCUAUUGUGUAGAUGUACCACAUUUUCUGUAUCCAUUCCUCUGUUUAAGGGCAUCUGGGUUCUUUCCAGCUUCUGACUAUUAUAAAUAAGGCUGCUAUGAACAUAGUGGAACAUGUGUCUUUGUUAUAUGUUGGAGCAUCUUUUGGAUACAUGCCCAAGAGCGGUAUAGCUGGGUCCUCAGGUAGUGCAAUGUCCAAUUUCUUUUCUUUCUUUUUUUUUUUUUUUUUGGGUUCUUUUUUUUUCGGAGCUGGGGACCGAACCCAGGGCCUUGCGCUUCCUAGGCAAGUGCUCUACCACUGAGCUAAAUCCCCAACCCCUAAUGUCCAAUUUUCUGAGGAACCUCCAGACUGAUUCCCAGAAUAGUUGUACCAGUCUGUAAUCCCACCAACAGUGGAGGAGUGUUCCUCUUUCUCCACAUCCUUGCCAGCAUCUGCUGUCACCUGAGUUUUUGAUCUUAGCCAUUCUGACUGGUGUGAGGUGGAAUCUCAGAGUUGUUUUGAUUUGCAUUUCCCUUAUGACUAAAGAUGUUGAACAUUUCUUUAGGUGCUUCUCAGCCAUUCAGCAUUCCUCAGCUGUGAAUUCUUUGAUUGGCUCUGAACCUCCUUUAUUUAAUAGGGUCAUUUGUCUUCCUGCAGUCUAACUUCUUGAGUUCUUUGUAUAUUUUGGAUAUAAGCCCUCUAUCAGUUGUAUGAUUGGUAAAGAUCUUUUGCCAAUCUGUUGGUUGCCGUUUUGUCCUAACCACAGUGUCCUUUGCCUUACAGAAGCUUUGUAGUUUUAUGAGAUCCCAUUUGUCGAUUCUUGAUCUUGGAGCAUAAGCUAUUGGUGUUUUGUUCAGGAAAUUUUCUCAAGUGCCCUUGUGUUCGAGAUACUCUCCCAAUUUUUCUUCUAUUAGUUUGAGUGUAUCUGGUUUGAUGUGGAGGUCCUUGAUCCACUUGGACUUAAGCUUUCUACAGGGUGAUAAGAAUGGAUAGAUCUGCAUUCUUCUACAUGCUGACAUUCAAUUAAACCAGCACCAUUUGCUGAAAAUGCUAUCUUUUUUUUCCAUUGGAUGGUUUUGGCUCCUUUGUCAAAAAUCAUGUGACCAUAGGUAUGUUGGUUCAAUUUUGGGUCUUAAAUUCUAUUCCACUGGUCUAUCUGCCUCUCUCUGUACCAAUACUAUACAGUUUUUUUAUAUCACUAUUGCUCUGUAAUACUGCUUGAGUUCAGGGAUAGUGAUUCCCCCAGAAGUCCUUUUAUUGUUGAGGAUAGUUUUAGCUAUCCUAGGUUUUUUGUUAUUCCAGAUGAAUUUACAAAUUGUUCUGUCUAACUCUAUGAAGAAUUGGAUUAGAAUUUUGAUGGGGAUUGCAUUGAAUCUGUAGAUCCUUUUUGGUAAAAUGGCCAUUUUUACUAUAUUAAUCCUGCCAAUCCAUGAGCAUGGGAGAUCUUCCCAUCUUCUGAGAUCUUCUUCAAUUUCUUUCUUCAGAGUCUUGAAGUUCUUAUUGUACAGAUCUUUUACUUGCUUGGUUAAAGUCACACUGAGGUAUUUUAUAUUAUUUGGGACUAUUAUGAAGGGUGUCUUCCCCCAAUUUCUUUCUUUCUCUUGUUUCUCUUUUGUGUAGAGGAAGGCUACUGAUUUAUUUGAGUUAAUUUUAUACCCAGCCACUUUGCUGAAGUUGUUUAUCAGGUUUAGUAGUUCUCUGGUGGAACUUUUGGGAUCACUUAAAUAUACUAUCAUAUCAUCUGCAAAUAGUGAUAUUUUGACUUCUUCCUUUCCAAUCUGUAUCCCUUUGAUCUCUUUUUGUUGUCUAAUUUCUCUGGCUAGGAUUUCGAGAACUAUAUUGAAUAAGUAGGGAGAGAAUGGGCAGCCUUGUCUAGUCCCUGAUUUUAGUGGGAUUGCUUCAAGUUUCUUUCCAUUUAGUUUAAUGUUAGUGACUGGUUUGCUGUAUAUGGCUUUUACUAUGUUUAGGUAUGGGCCUUGAAUUCCUAUUCUUUCCAGGACUUUUAUCAUGAAGGGGUGUUGAAUUUUGUCAAUUGCAUUCUGAGCAUCUAAUGAAAUGAUCAUGUGGUUUUGUUCUUUCAGUUUGUUUAUAUAGUGGAUUACGUUGAUGGUUUUCCAUAUAUUAAACCAUCCCUGCAUGCCUGGGAUGAAGCCUACUUGAUCAUGAUGGAUGAUUGUUUUGAUGUUUUCUUGGAUUCAGUUUGCAAGAAUUUUAUUGAGUAAUUUUCCAUCGAUAUUCAUAAGGGAAAUUGUUCUGAAGUUCUCUUUCUUUGUUGGGUCUUUGUGUGGUUUAGGUAUAAGAGUAAUUGUGGCUUCAUAGAAGGAAUUCGGUAGUGCUCCAUCUGUUUCAAUUUUGUGGAAUAGUUUGGAUAGUAUUGGUAUGAGGUCUUCUAUGAAGGUCUGAUAGAAUUCUGCACUGAACCCAUCUGGACCUGGGCUCUUUUUGGUUGGGAGACCUUUAAUGACUGCUUCCAUUCCAUUAGGAGUUAUGGGGUUAUUUAAAUGGUUAUCUGUUCCUGAUUUAACUUCAGUACCUGGUAUCUGUCUAGGAAAUUAUCCAUUUCCUGAGAUUUUCAAGUUUUAUUGAAUAUAGGCUUUUGUAGUAGGAUCUGAUGAGAUUUUGAAUUUCCUCUGAUUCUGUAGUUAUGUCUCCCUUUUCAUUUCUGAUUUUGUUAAUUUGUACACACUCUCUGUGUCCUUUCGUUAGUCUGGCUAAGGGUUUAUCUAUCUUGUUGAUUUUCUCAAAGAACCUGCUUUUGGUUCUGUGGAUUCUUUGUAUAGUCCUUUUUGUUUCUACUUGAUUGAUUUCAGCUCUGAGUUUGAUUGUUUCCUGCCUUCUACUCCUCCUGCUUCUUUUUGUUCUAGAGCUUUUAGGUGUGCUGUCAAGCUGUUGAUAUAUAUGCUCUCUCCUGUUUCUUUCUGCAGGCACUCAGGGCUAUGAGUUUUCCUCUUAGCACAGCUUUUGUGCUUUAUUUUUAAACUCCUGACUUUUGUUUAGUUUAUGUGCCCGUCUUGUAGCCAGUUGUAAGACCAUUUAUAUACUUUCAAUUCUUAACAUCAUAACAUUUAAUUUAUGCAUUUUUACCACAUCAUUUGCCCCUCAAGGAUUUGGGACCCAAGUGUUUAGGACUUGGUGAUGACCAAUCAUAGCUGCUUGGUAGCUCAAUAGGGAUAAUAAUGAAUGAGCUGGAUGGGUCUCUCGGGGAUUCAUGCUAAGAGUAGAUGAAAUGCAUGACAUUAUUUUGGAUGAUCUCGCAGUCCUUGGUAGAACGAGGAGGUUGUGGUUGAGUGGAAAAGUGCAAGAGUGGAAUUGUGAGAACGCAGAGUGUGAGGAUGUGUUUAUUUGUGUGUGUGAACAUGUCUGAGGAUGCUGGUAGGCAUGAGUGAGUGAAAAUGUGAGUAACCAUGUAUUGUGUGAGGAUGAUUUUGUGUAGCUAUGUGAUUGUGUACUUAAAGUUGUGCCAGUGUGCAAAAGGUGUGAGUUUUCAUUAGUGUGAAAGAAUGCAGAUUUUGUGUACAUGUGCAAUUUUUAGGAAAAAGGAUGGAACAGUAUGCCUUCAUGUUAGGUGAACUAAACCAGGCUCAGAAAAACACUCUUUAUCUUGCAAGUAGAGUCUAGAAAUUAAGAAGUGAAAUGCAUAUUGAAGGUGGAGUGUUGGGAAGAAGAAUGGGACUAGGGAUGCAGUGGGGAGAAGGUAAUGGGGGUAAUAUGGUUAAGUGCAUCAUGGGUACAUACAAAAAUAUUUGCAAUCAAGUCAAUUUCAUAAAAAUAAUAUGUGCUACUAAUUUGAAUUCUAAGCAUGGGUAUAUUUGGCCUUAGAAGUAAGUCUUCUGAGUGUUAGUUUUUUUAUGGUAAGGGAAGUGUCAGGAAUAUUAUUUUGUUAUUUAUAUAGUAUGCACACCAUUUAGCAUAGUAAAGGUCAAGUAAAUGUGAGCAUUGACAUUUUAAAAUAAAACCCAUCCUUUCAUAUUUAAAUAUUUGGUAUAAGAGUUUUAUUUUCUUGGUUUUAUUUUUGAGUUUAUCUCAUUUGAAAAUAUCUUCAAACUGUUCAGGGAUGUAUGUUAGAUCAUGUGUUCCCGGAUUGCAUACUGCUUUAUAAUUACAUGGUAUAAAAUGCUAAAGUAUUCCUAUGUUGUUUCUUGGAGAAAAACUAUUUGAUAGAGGUUUUGAGAGAUGAAAACAGACAAGAGUUUUAAGUUUUGCAGAGCAGGGGAACCUGUAGCAAAGCUCACACUGAUGCCCACAAGACGGUGUUCAGCAGUCUUCAUACAUAAAUCCCAGCACUGCCCAGAACUGAGGGGAAUUCCUGCCAACAGCAGUAUUACCUACUCUACCAAGGGAGUAAAGUACAAGAGCUGUGGACUUAUGUGGCUCUCCAUAGAUGAACAGACGUAAUGUUGGACAGACAGUCCUGAGGUUUGGACAUCCUACUAGUUUAUUGUACAGCUGCAUGUUUGCAGAGUUUGAAAAUAAGGGUAUUGAAUUGAAACCUUUUCAGCGUGUCAAAAGACUGAACAACUAUCAAAACUGACAAAUCCUGCAACCUCUAGCCAUGUGCUUUUUAAAGGACUCUAAUUCAGUUCCGUGGUCGGAGAGACUGACAUUGCUACUGGACGGCUUAUGGUGCUGGGUGGGUGGAAUGUGGGAAGGCACACCGCGAUGGCAAGAGCUCAAGCCAGGACUUGGGGGUCGGGAAAGCCUCUGAAAGAGUAAUAUAUAUAUAUUACACAUAUAUAUAUAUAUAUAUGUACUCUCUCUAUAUCUCUAUAUCUAUCUAUCUAUCUAUCUAUCUGUCUAUAUCUAUCUAUCUAUAUAUAUAUCAUUGUGACCUAGUGGGUUGGGGAAAGAAAAUUGCCAGUUAAAAAAUUUAAAUGUUUUGCUCUCUAAAAAAACACUUUGGAAUUAUUGCAGAUUUUAUAGGAGAAGAUAAAAAUAGGGAGAACAUAAAAAUGUAGUCAGGGCAAAAGAGGCAAAGAAGUAUAUUAGUGGAUGUUCAUUUUGCAUGGAAUAUGCAUUAGUUUCUCUUCAAAAAUUUACUUCUGAAACUGUGAAAAUGGACUACUGUUAGUUCCACUGCUGAAUUCUCAUUCCCUACUUGAUGUGGAAAAUAAACAAUAGAAAUUAAGAGACCAUUCUGUUAGGAGAGAUUUUUCUGAAAAGCAGGCCUUUGGCAGUCCAUGUCCCCCUCCACUUUCAACAGACAUGAACCAGGAUCUCUUUCCCCUGGCCGCAAGUCAGCCUUGAAUGAAUGACCAAAGGUCGUCUAGCGCUCUUUGACUUUUGACAUUUACAAUGUUUGUAAUUUUUAAUUACGUUCAUAUGUGUGUGAGGGAAUGUGCCCGUGUGAAUAUAGGUGCCUGCAAUCCAAAAGAGGCCGUUGAACCCUCGGAGCUACAUGACAUUGUAAGUCAGUUAUGGUGGGUGCUGGAAACGGAGCUAGGUCCGUCAGUAAGAGCAAUACAUGCUCUUAAACACCGAGCCAUCCCUCCAGCCUCUUUUGACAUUUGAAACAGCACAUGUCGACUCUGCAGAGAUUUGACAGGCUGGAUUAUAUAUAUGCACAUCGAUCUUUAUUGGCUUCAGCCAGUCAAAAGUCAGAAGCACGCACACGAUCACGUGCACCCUUGCAUACUUGCGUCCACCAGCAUGGCUUGACAAGAGCUCUUCGCCAACUGUCGCUGCAGUUGAUAGACACAAAACCAGGGAGUAGACUUGAGGGGAGACGGAGGUUGGGAGAGAUUUGGCUAGGCUAUGACAAGAGAUAAUAUUUGGAUCAGAAGGGAUGGGCUUAUUACAUCAUUGAUAUUUAGAUAUUAAAAACAGGAGGGGUGGACUUAUAAUUCGAUACGAGAUGGGGAGAGCCUGCUUAUAAUAACGUUGAUACUGGGUCAGUUAACGGCUGGCUUGCUAUAUAUAACUUUGCCUGAAAUGGGAGGAAAGUGCAGCCGCGGGGGAGAGAGGAGGCCUCUGGGUUUCCCAGGCUUCUCUGCGCUGUGUUGCUGUCAGAUAAAGAGUAGGGAAGAGACACCCUUGGGUUUCUGUGAUAUUAAGGCACGGAGAAACAACUCGUGCUUUGGAAGGGAGGAUCCUGCUUAUUUAGACAUGGCAUACUUCCCUGACAAUGAUCUGCACAUGGCGGCCUGUGCAGGAGAUUUACCUUUUAUGCGGCUGUACUUCACUCUGGGCAAAUACGAAGUCAAUCACAGAGACAGGGAAAAUAGGAAUGCCAUGCACUUUGCCUGCUUCUAUGGACAUUUAGAACUGGUGAUAUAUCUCUGGAGGCGUGGCUGUGAGAUUAAUGUGUGUGACAAUCAUAACAUCACACCCCUGAUGAAGGCUGUCCAAAGCUGGGAAGAUGAAAUUGUGUGUUUUCUGCUAGAGCACCAUGCUAACCUGCACAUUAAAGACAGCAGGGGCAACACUGCCCUGCACUAUGCUGUCUAUGGUGGGAAUUCAGCAAUGGCUGCCAGGCUGCUAGAGUAUGGAGCAGAUAUUGAGGAAAGGACAAAAGAUAACCUCACGCCACUCUUGCUUGCUCUCAAGGAGAACAGACUGAAGAUGGCGCAAUUCUUAGUCAGGAUGGAAGCAAGUGUGCAUGCCGUUGACUCACAGAGGAGAAAUUCUCUCAUGUAUGCUGUAAGAUGUGACUGUCCAGUUAUGGUCAACCUUAUUCUUCAACAAGGUGCUGACAUAAAUUUGAAAGAUUUAUUUGGAUGGACUGCUUUACGUUAUGCUAUUGAGGGUGAUCGUGAUGUUUCCUUUCCACCUCCCCUCCUCUAUGGAUCCACUCCCUUGCUGUUUCUCAUUAGGGAAAAACAGACUUCUAAGAGGAGGACAAUACUUUUGGAGUAUGAAUAUAACCUGAUACAAAGAUUAAGAGAGAGAAAUCAAGAAUUUCAGAGUUCUGAAGACUCUUCAAUCAGGCCUAUCAAUGAAGUGGAUGCUGAAGUGACCUCAUCUAUGGCAAUUGAGAAAGUGAUUGAAUUGCAAGACCCUCUUACAACCAGUGAGACAAGCGUGAAGAAGAUACAAACCUGCAGAUCAGCAGAAUCUGAACUAGAGGUGAUAUCAUUGGAAGAUGAAAUCAGUGGCAAAGAGACUAUAAAUAACCCACAGCAGCAAUGCUGCAAGUUCUAAUUCAAGAGAAGUUCAUAAUUUACCAAGUCUACUGUGGGGUUCAGUAGACAGAAGAAACUUCUGGAACUGUCUAUAUCAUUGGGGAAACUCAUGACGUUGGAUUGUGAACCCACAUAUUUGUCUUCCUUCUUAAAUAAAUGUUUCAAUUAA